UUAAGCUACUUCCGACUGUAUGCUUUAUUCAAGAAAGAACUUUUAUAGUUAAUAUGUGCACUACCUUUCAAAAGUUUGAGGUCACCCAGGCAAUUUCACGUUUUCCAGGAAAAUGCACACUUUUAUUCAUGUGCUAACAUAACUGCACAAGGGUUUUCUAAUCAAAUUAGCCUUUCAACACCAUUAGCUAACACAAUGUAGCAUUAGAACACAGGAGUGAUGGUUGCUGGAAAUGUUCCUCUGUACCCCUAUGGAGAUAUUCCAUUAAAAAUCAGCUGUUUCCAGCUAGAAAUGUCAUUUACCACAUUAACAAUGUCUAGACUGUAUUUGGUACAUUUAAUGUUGUCUUCAUUGAAAAAAGGCUUUUCUUUCAUAAAUAAGGACAUUUCUAAGCAACCCAAAACUUUCUAACGGUCAUGUAGUAAAAUACCAGCACAUGUGGAAGUGUAGGACAUUUUCAGAAGACAGACUCUUGCCUUGUUUACGAGAGUUUCAUGGGUUUUUGGAAAUUUGUCACAUGGAGUAUGAAAUAUUACAUAGUAAUACCUUUAAAUUAAACAGAAAAGGCAGCAGUAUGUUUUGUUACAGUGAGGUGAGCAGUGAGGCUUUAGGAAUAGAACAACACCCCAGUACAUGUACCAGCAGCUGAAACUCUAGACAUGUGGAGGAGAAGGUUUUGCAUAGUCAACUGUACGACGUGACGUAAGCUUACAGGGACAGUGGCCUGGAGCUGCAGUGGAAAGUCACACAUGUGGAAGUAUGCACAUACACAACGCCAACACUCUACCUACUAAGUGUCUCCCCUCUCUAACACUUUCCAUUUGACAUCCCGUCCCCUUGCUGGGUGCUGCUGAAUUGCCCGAGCUUGAAUGAUUGAGUUCAGAUGCUGUGUGCUCCCACCCACUCUCGUCCAUCGUAUGGAUUGGCUGAGCAGCACGGCGGUUCCUUAACUCAGAACGUUUUGUAACCUUUAUUACUAGCUGGGAGGAGGGGAGAGGGAAUUCCUCAAACUCCUGAAGUGCUUUUGAAUUUUGUUGUGGAACAUUAACACUUAGAGGAGGAUGUGGUGCAAAUGUGAUUCAGCAGAGAACAAUUUUCAGCCAGUCAAGUGCCCAAUAGAAACACUCUGAGAAUCCAGACAGGCCUCUCCCUCUGAUUGGCUGCAUAUAUCAACCAAUAGAAAAAUUAGAUGCACUCUGUGAUGUCAGUUCUGUAACAUGAGCUGCUAUUUUGGCACGUUAAGGCAAAAGUCCAACUUCUGUAAUUAAUACUUGACAUUAAUAUAGUUAUAAUAUUACCAACAAGCACAUUUUGCUGUAAAAUCAGCUGCAAAAUUACAUGAAAGCAUACUAAAAGUUUGCGUGUGCUCAUAUGAUCCAUAUCAGGCUGCUGUUAUGACACUAUUAGGAGCAGAUCAACAAGUGCUCAGAUAUCCGACUGUGCCCCACAUACUGGUAAACAUGAGAUUCCCAUAACAGGUGUGUACAACUCGGUUGCCCACUGUGUGAUAGGUGACUAUAAAUUGAGCUGCUUCUUCCACAUGGGAACAGUGAGCACACAGCAUCAGGCACAAGACAAGGACACUGAAGGAACUAAGUACCUGAAAGGAUUGUAAAAAAAUUUUUUUUUACCUCUUUGCUGGAUUAUAACCUUGUGGAAAACUAUUAAGGUAAACUUGUAUAUGAGUACAUCAGCAAUUUUUAAAAUUACUUUUUUAUGGGUUCAGACUUAAUGUCAGAGGUGGUGGAAUAAAAUGUGAGAUGUACAGAUUAAAUAUGGAAAAUAGACACAUUAAUGUGUUUUAUACCUGCACUAUACUGCAAUGUAUCACUCAGUUCUCAUGAAGCUAAAAGUCCCCAUAACUCACAAGUGAAUGAUGAAUGCUUGUUUUUCAGUGAGUGGUGGUAUGCUGACCUGCUUAUUUCAAAGAAAGUUUAUGGCCCCAGGCAUUUCCACGACAGAGCCACUUGCAAAGACUAGUCUGCCGCUGAAGAAAACUUGAAGCCUGUUUUUAUCUUCUCUCACAGGUAUGCAUGACUUUUAGCAUUAAAUAUGACUAACUCACUGAGUAAACUAAAUAUUGCUUACACUCAGUUUUUAUUAUGUGCUAAAUGUUAUAUUCAGUGUGAGAAACUCUAAAGUUAUUAUUCAUGUGUCUCUCUUCAGUUAGUUGAUAAACUGUGGCGUGUUUUCUGCGUGUGGUCUAAUACAGUUAUGGCAAAAUAUCAUUAAGGGCAAAUCUUUCCAUUUAUAUCAUCAGCCAAGGCUUUGAAAUGGUUGUCAUGAAAUCCAAAGACAUGGUGCCCUCUGCGGCAGUCAAGUUCUUCGGAGCAGGCACCGCCGCCUGCAUUGCUGACCUCAUCACCUUUCCACUAGAUACUGCCAAAGUCAGACUACAGAUUCAAGGAGAGUCUCAGAAAGCUGAAGGGGUUGGUGCAGUGAAGUAUCGAGGAGUGUUUGGCACCAUCACCACCAUGGUGCGUACAGAGGGGCCCAGGAGUCUCUACAACGGCCUGGUGGCAGGACUACAGAGGCAGAUGAGCUUCGCCUCCGUCCGAAUCGGCCUUUAUGAUUCCAUGAAGCAAUUCUACACUCGAGGAACUGAGAGUGCUGGGAUUGUGACCCGGCUCAUGGCGGGCUGCACCACUGGGGCCAUGGCUGUGGCUUGUGCGCAACCAACAGACGUGGUGAAGGUGCGUUUCCAAGCCCAGGUACGACUGGCUGACGGUGGGAGGAGAUACAACAGCACUCUGGAAGCCUACAAGACGAUCGCCAGAGAUGAGGGCGUGCGGGGCCUUUGGAAAGGUACAUGUCCAAACAUCACCCGUAACGCCAUUGUGAACUGUGCAGAGCUGGUGACCUACGACACGAUCAAAGAACUCAUCCUGAAGUACGAUCUAAUGACAGACAACCUGCCGUGUCAUUUCACAGCUGCCUUCGGUGCAGGUUUCUGUACAACAGUGGUGGCGUCUCCAGUGGACGUGGUGAAAACGCGGUUCAUGAACUCAGGAGCUGGUCAGUACAGCAGCGCAGUCAGCUGUGCUCUCACAAUGCUGAAGAAUGAAGGACCUGCAGCCUUCUACAAAGGGUUCAUGCCUUCGUUCCUGCGACUGGGCUCCUGGAACAUUGUGAUGUUUGUGACUUAUGAACAAAUUAAAAGAGGCAUGACCAGAGCACAGCAGUACUGGGAGUCACCAUUUUGACCGCAGCUUGUUGGACUUUUUUGCUAAUCAGGGCUGCUCAGACACAAUGGUCGAACAAACACCACGAUUCAGUGGCGACUGAGGGUUGGGAAAGGAGGCCUGUAGAAGCCCAAAGGAAAGCGACAAAUGCUUUUGGGGCCAGUGGUCGCAUUACUGACAUGGCUCAGAGGUGGACUUUAUGUAAUAAGGACUUGCGUCAGAGAUACUUCUGGGGCAUCGUUGCAAUACCAGAAUGAUUGAAGGAUUGGAGCGUAAAGAGACGUUUUAUGAAAAUGAUGGUCAGUGCUUCCAUUGCAAAGAAGCUCUUGAGGUGUAAAAGAUGGCUGUGAAAUGAUUAAUCAAGAUUUUUAUCUCAUCUGUACACUGAAAACUUGAUCAGCUGUCUGAAGAUGGGCUUUGACCUUUACAGGAUGAACUGAAAGAUCGCAUGAUUAAUGUCAUGGUGGAGGUGUAAUAUUUAUGUUAUUGUGGGUUUCCCGUGAAAGGAAAGGGAAUUUUGUGACCUGAACAGUGACCAUUUUAUUGUCUUUUACAUUGUUGUCUGUAUUGUGGAUUGUUUACACUAUUCUUCAUUGUUUGUGGUACUUAGUCAGGGAUUUAUAGUUAAAUGUAGAUAUUUCUUGUUGGCAACUGUAUGAUUUAUUGCUGGUCGAUGAGUCACGUCACGCACAAUGAAAAUAAUGUCAGUUAAUAAAUAAAAUGAUAAUCUUUUCCCCUUUUGUCUGUCAUUCCAUUUAACGUGCAAAUCCUGAAAUAUUUCAUUUCAGUAAUGUAUUGUACUUACAUCUUUUGCUUUUUACUUUUAGGCACUACAGUUCUGAUUUGUUUUUUUUCUGAGCAAUACCUGGCACAAGAACUUUCUUUGGGAAUAAUAAAGUUCUUAUCUUGUCUUAUCUUAUCUUAUCUUAUCUUAUCUUAGCUUAGCUUAAAUGCAGUUUAAAUAUUAUGACUCAUAUCAUAAAUUUUUAAGUUUCCUUGUGGCAGAAAUCAACAUUUGAAAGUCUUCGGACACUGUAAAACAAUAUAUUUCACAUCUUAAACUUGGAGCUCGAUGAGUGUUUCCAGAAUGCAUGAAUAUUUUGUUUUUGUAUCUGAUCACUUACACGACUGGAUUAUGCAGUCAUAUUACCCAACUCUUUGGUCAAUAAUUAAACCUCUGAAGACCGUACUUCUGAAUAAAUGCUGUUUUGUUUCAAGGGUCUUGGAAAAUUUCCACCUGCUCUUAUUGCUGAAUUUAACAAAUGGGUCAGACACAAAUAGAAGCACAGCAGCAUUGUACAUCUACAUCUACAGUACAACAUGUACCCGAGCACACAACUUUACUGUCCACACAUUUCAUCAACUCUGACAACUCUUCCUCGUAUGUAGGCUGUAACUGCUAAUACAAUGCUGCAUUACUUUGCAUCAACCUAUAAAGGGAACAUAUUUGCUAACAAAUUUCACUAUUCAGAUACAUAAUACUGUGUGAAUUUUGUUUGCACAAAUAUGUAUUGAAAAUAAAAACUAAAACUUGGUGCUUUUUCCUGCUUCACAGAAUUAACAGCAUGCUUCGGUUAAACACCUAAUGGGUACAGGAACAUCAAGCCAUGGAACACGUUUAAACAAAAAUGUGGUGAGGCCAUUAACCGCCUGAACAUAUGGCUCUCAUUUAGCAGGCAAUGCACUGUGUGUUCUUGUGUUUUCAGCAUGACUCAGCAUCUACUCUAAAAGCCUGACAAUACUGUACAGACCUCUAAACAAACAACUGACUUAAUGAAGUUAAUUUUAGCAAGUUGGAAUAUUCAGAUUUACAGAUGAAGCAUUUUAUUUUUACAAAGCAAAGCAGUGUAAUAGGUCUGCUAUUGCUGUUAGUGUGGGGACACAAUAAAGAUGAAACUUUGAUUAUGAAACUGUUAAGACAAACAAAUGUGUGCAUGAGACAAAUAGAACCACAGCCUGUUUGUCACAAAAGACAUUUAUAGUCUGUCUGUUUGUCUGACCAGUAGGAAGCCUCCAUAGAUAUGACUGGGGAGGGGCCCCACCAGUAACACAUGCCAUGAUGUAACAGCAUCACAGCAUUAUUUAAAGACAGGCUCUGUUCCUUACAGUACUGCACACUGCCCAUUAAUCGCUCCAGAUCCAGCGUUUCAUUUGGAUAUUUACACCGAGCAGCAUUUCAGCUUUCACAUAUCAAAUUACGGUACAAUCAAAAUGUUUCCAACGACUUUCUUGGAAUAUUGAAAUGAUUGUCUUUAAGCUGUGUUACAUUACUAUGUUGUUUUUGAGCUUAUUUCUGUUUUUUACGAGUAUGAUUUUAAGGCUUCUCCCUUUUGAAAAAUCUUCAAUGGAAAAACAAGGAAACCAAUUCAUUGCUGAGACAAAAUUCAGCCAAAGAGACACCUUUAGAGAAUCCUGGUCUCUAAUGUUUCUGUCCUAAACUGCUCCACGAAGGGUAAGGUUUGCUCAAUAAAGUUAUUAAUUACAAAGUUGUGGAGUAAAAUGGGAGAAAUUCUGCUGUUGAAUUUUGGUGCAUGAGAGGGUGCACAAUGUACC